CCUCUGCUCCCCGAAACGUGACCAUGUGGAUUCAACAGCUUUUAGGACUCAGUUCCAUGUCCAUCUGCUGGCCGGGCUGCUCUGCUGGAAGCCAUGCUUGGAUACUGAUAGCCAUGUUUCAGCUCGCCAUCGAACUCCCAGUGUGUGAGUCCCUGGGCCCGGGCCCCGAGUUCCGGCUCCUGCUGCGCCCACCGCCCCGGCCGCCCCGCCUGUGGAGUUUUAAGAGUGGACAACCCUCGCGGAUGGCCGCCACCCUGUGGAGCCCCCGGCCGCCCCGCGUGGAGCGGACCCAGGGGCAGAUCCAGACGCCCCGUGCCAAACGGGCACACAGACCCAGAGACCAGGCAGCUGCCCUCAUGCCCAGAGGGGGGCUGGCCAAGCCACCGGCCACUGCCAGACCCAGUCCUUCCCUGGCCUCGUCGUCCACGUCCACGUCGUCCACGGCAGGCGGCGGGGCCUCAGAUCACCAGAGCCUCCUGCGGAGGGGGAGGCGGCACCUGCAGGGGGGCGGCUUUGGCAGCUUCGACUUCAGAGGCAGCAGGCCCACCACCGAGACGGAGUUCAUCGCUUGGGGGCCCACUGGCGAGGAGGACGCCGCCGAGCCCAACACGUUUCCGGGGGUGUACGGCCCCACCACAGUCUCCAUCAUACAAACCCGGAAGACGACGGUGGCCACCACUACCACCACCACCCCUACCCUGGCCACCUCCGUGACCCUGCAGACUAAGGGGCUCACGGAGUCCCUGGACCCCAGGAACAGGAUCCCCGUGGGGGUCAGCACAACAGCGCCUUCCACCAGCCCCAGCCACGACGGGGAAGAGCUCCCACCCCCGAGGAUUCUGGGGGAGACCUCAGGUUUGGCUGUCCAUCAGAUCAUCACCAUCACCGUCUCCCUCAUCAUGGUCAUAGCUGCCCUGAUUACAACUCUUGUCUUAAAAAAUUGCUGUGCCCAGAGCGGGAACACACGUCGGAACAGCCACCAGCGGAAGAUAAACCAGCAGGAGGAGAGUUGCCAAAACCUGACCGACUUCACGCCUGCCCGGGUGCCCAGCAACCUGGACAUCUUCACGGCCUAUAACGAGACCCUGCAGUGUUCACACGAGUGUGUCCGGGCAUCCGUGCCCGUCUACAGCGACGAGACGCUGCUCCCGGCGGGCGAGUACAAAUCCACAUUUAAUGGAAACAGCCUGCGCAAGCCCGUUUUUCUGCUCGCUGCAGACCCUCGUCUUCUGACCGGCAUCUUAUUCCUGUGGCCUUUGUGUCUGAGAAAUGGUUUGAAAUCUCCUGCUGACUGGCCGAAGUCUUUUUUACCUCCUGGGGGCAGGGCAGACGCCACGAGUCUGUGUCACGGAUUCCGCUGGUGAACCUGUUAAAAAAAAUCCAAAAAAACAAACCAACCCCCCCCACACA